ACAGUUUCUGUGGCUCUUAUAGCAGUGGGGGCUCUCAUCAUCUAUCAUGCCUAUAGCUCCAAGAAAAUAUUAGACAAAAAUAAUCAGCUGAGGAUUGAAAGAUUUUUGGAAGAUUACAUAGCUCAGAAGCCAAGUAGAUAUUCCUAUGCUGAUAUUAAGAGGAUAACAAAUCAAUUCAAGGAAAAGUUAGGGCAAGGGGCCUAUGGAAUAGUUUUUAAAGGGAAGCUUUCAUCCGAAUUGCUCGUUGCUGUGAAAAUCCUCAACAAUUCAAACGAAAAUAAUGGAGAAGAUUUUACAAAUGAAAUGGGAACGAUGGGUCGAGUGCACCAUGUCAAUGUGGUUCGCUUGGUUGGCUUUUGUGCUGAUGGGUUUAUACGAGCUCUUGUGUAUGAAUUCUUACCAAAUGGUUCAUUACAAAAUUUUUUAUCAUCAGCAGAUAAUAAAAACUCUUUCCUUGGUUGGGAUAAGUUGCAAGAUAUUGCUUUAGGUAUAGCCAAAGGAAUUGAGUAUCUUCACCAAGGGUGUGACCACCGAAUCCUCCAUUUCGACAUCAAACCCCAUAACAUUUUGUUAGACCAGAAUUUCACCCCGAAAGUUUCUGAUUUUGGUCUAGCCAAGCUAUGUUCAAGGGAUCAAAGUGCAAUAUCCAUGACGACCGUCAGGGGGACGAUGGGCUACAUUGCACCAGAAGUGUUCUCUAGGAACUUCGGUAAUGUGUCCUACAAGUCAGAUGUCUAUAGUUUCGGGACAUUGUUGCUGGAAAUGGUUGGUGGUAGAAAAAACUUCAAGGUUAUGGAGGACUCCACCAGCCAAGUCUACUUCCCAGAAUGGAUUUAUAACCUUUUGGAACAAGGGGACGACCUACGGAUUCAUAUUGAGGAUCAAGGAGACGCUAAAAUUGCAGAAAAACUUGCCAUUGUGGGUCUAUGGUGCGUCCAAUGGCACCCAAUAGAUCGUCCUCCAAUGAAAAAUGUAGUUCAGAUGUUAGAAAGAGAAGGUGACAAUCUCGCCAUACCACCUAAUCCUUUUUCCUCUACUUCGAAUUGUGAUAAUACUAGCGGUAAUCUUGGAAUUGCUUAUUCUAGUUUUAAACUCCCACCGCCACUAUGGGGGUUGAUGAUUUUCAAUCCUCAUGGAGAUUUCAACCCCGAACAUGAUCCUGAAUCAGGAUUCUAUUUUGACGACCCCGACCCCGUCUAUGACGACGACCCUCACCUUGAAUUUGUCUCUGAUGCAGACCCAGAUCCCGAUUUCGACUUUAACUCCGACCCCGACUGA